GGUCAUGUUAGUUUGACCGCUGCUCUCAAGAGUUUUAUCUUCUUGUUUAUCUAACUGAUUGCAACAUUAACUCAUAGUUUAUUUUAUUUGUACACAAUAAACAACAAACGGAUUACAAUGAUUACAUUCUUUUCUAAUAUCCCAAUAUUUAAAGAUGAAAAAAAUCUUGAUAUACAAACAUUUCUACAAUUAUCCAAAAUGAUUUGUGAUUUUUUCGGCUUAUGGGAUUCAAAAUUUGCAUUAUUACGAAGUGAUGUGGAAGGGAAUAUUAAAAAAGUAUCCCGUGCAUCUACCAAUCUACAUGUGAAUACAUUAUAUGAUUUAUUAUCUAAUGAAUUGAAUCGUGAUGAUUCUUCUGGAUCUAUUGGUUUAUUAUGGUUAAAGCGUACAUUACAAUUUCUCAUUUGUUUUUUAAAUUAUUUUUCUCAAUCUAAUAAUAAUGAAUUAAUACGUGAUAUAAUUACAAGAGCUUAUGAUGAAACAUUAACAAAAUAUCAUAAUAAAUUAAUGCGUCAUGCAUUUCGUUUUGUUUUAUUCAUUGUCCCUAAACGAUCGGUAUUUAUUAGAAAAUUAGGAUUAGAACAGGAUAAUUGUGAAUUAUUGGUAAGUUGAUUUUUGAUUUAUUAAAGUGAAUAUACCUUGUUACUAUGUAGAUUAUAUUGAAAUCAAUAAUUUCAUAAAUUCAACUUCUGUGUAUCUCAUUACUUACUUACUUACUUACUUA